CGGAGCGGCGAUGGCGGAGAGUCCGACAGAGGAGGCGGCGACUGCCGGGGCCGAGGCUGCAGGGACCCCGGGCCCGGGCGCGGGCGGCGGCGGCAGCGGCGGCUUCGGGCCGCCCUUCCUACCCGACGUGUGGGCGGCGGCGGCGGCGGCGGGCGGCACCGGCGGGCCGGGGGGAGGCCUGGCCCCGCUGCCCGGGCUCCCGCCCUCGGCCGCUGCCCACGGUGCCGCGCUGCUCAGUCACUCGGCCUUCUGGGACCCGACGCUGAGCUCGGACUGGGACAGCGAGCGCGCCGCGCCGCAGUGCCUGCUGCGGAUCAAGCGGGACAUCAUGUCCAUUUAUAAGGAGCCUCCACCCGGAAUGUUUGUUGUGCCUGAUCCCCUUGACAUGACUAAGAUUCAUGCAUUGAUCACAGGCCCAUUUGACACUCCUUAUGAAGGGGGUUUCUUCUUGUUCGUGUUUCGCUGUCCUCCAGAUUAUCCUAUCCACCCACCACGGGUCAAACUGAUGACAACGGGCAAUAACACAGUGAGGUUUAACCCCAACUUCUACCGCAAUGGGAAAGUCUGCCUGAGUAUUCUGGGUACUUGGACUGGCCCUGCCUGGAGCCCAGCCCAGAGUAUCUCCUCCGUGCUUAUCUCCAUCCAGUCACUAAUGACCGAAAACCCCUACCACAAUGAGCCUGGCUUUGAGCAGGAGAGACACCCAGGAGACAGCAAAAAUUACAAUGAGUGUAUCCGGCAUGAGACCAUCAGAGUGGCAGUUUGUGACAUGCUGGAGGGAAAGUGUCCCUGCCCUGAGCCCCUAAGGGGUGUGAUGGAGAAGUCCUUUAUGGAGUAUUAUGACUUCUAUGAGGUGGUGUGCAAAGACCGACUACACCUCCAAGGCCAAACAAUGCAGGAUCCUUUUGGGGAGAAGCGAGGCCAUUUUGACUACCAAUCUCUCCUGACUCGCCUUGGGGCAAUUCGUCUGAAGGUGCAGGAGAAACACCAGCAGGACAGUGCUGAAAUAGACUCUGAUAGCAGUUCAUCUGAAACAGAGACAGAUACGCAGGGGAGCUCAAGGGCCUAGAUGCUCCCCGUACCCCAUCCCUGGGAUGGAGCGGCACCACAUCUCCCUCCAGCCCCAACAGCAUCCUGCCUGAGGCAAGAACCAAGGACACUCAGACCCCCCAGGGUGGGAGUGGGCUGUUGUUUGCAACCUUCUUGGCAUCCUGGUACCAAGGACCAUUUUCAUCCCAUGCCUAGGGCCAAUCCCAAGGUACUGAUACAGGAGAGCCUAGAGCAUGGUUCUCUGGCAAAAAACUGACGGACAUUUCCACUGGGGCAGUUUGUUGGGGAUAGAAGGCAAAGAUUGCAACUCCCAGAGGGGGUUGCCCAGAAUAGUCAAUGGGGAUACCAGGAGGGGAG